AUGUUCUUUGUCAGGGAUUUUUGGAGGCGGCAUAGGAGGAAGAUUUUCAUCUCUGUUGGUGUUAUAGGAGGUGGCUAUUGUUUGUAUAACCUUUAUGGUGUUCAUAGGCAAAAGCUCGAUGGGCUUGAGAGGGAACUUCAAGUUCAGAGAGAAUCUGAGGAGCGUUUCAAGUAUCAGAUGCAAGCUCACUUUGAGAAUAUUCAGAGAAUUUCUGAAACGAUUACAUUGCCUCAUUCUAUGCACAACCUAAGUUGCCGGAUAUCAGAAGAGUUGGAUCUUUCUCAUCUUCUCGAGAGGCUAAUGCAGGGAAAGGGUCAGCCUAAUGCUUUAACGCAAUCAGAGAAACUAGAUUUAUGGGGUAGACUCAAGAUUUUAAGUUUCACAAGAAUGGCAUUGUCAGUUUGGGCAACAGUAAUGCUUAGCUUGUAUACAAAAGUUCAAGUCAAUAUACUAGGAAGGCAUCUAUACAUUGAUACUGCACGAAGCUUUGAAGUCUCUAGUUUAAUGGAAAGUGGAGAUGUGGUUGAUGGGGAGGGUCAGCAGAAAUUUCUGGGAAGUGUUGAUUUUCUCUCUCAGCACGCUAUGCCUGCCUUGAUUUCAGACAUGGAGGCGGCAACAAAAGAAGUUCUCAAAGGAAAGCAGUUGACUAGUCUCUUCAACAAUACAGCGUUUCAAGAAACCAUCACACAGAUACUGAACACUUUCAUGAGCAGAGGAAGUCCAUUUUUCUGGAUAAAAUAUAUGAUACCCGAGGAUGCUAAAUUACGUUCCACGACCUCUGGGAGUAACGACACAGUUCCAUUUUAUACGACUGAAUUUGAACAACUCAUGAUGGAAGCAAAUGCAGUAUUAUCAAGUGCUGAAUUUGGGAGCAUUAUAGAUAUAUCUCUGAAAGCUGUGGUGGAUACACUGGCUGAGCAGAUGGGGACUACAACUGUGCCGUUGGCGAGAGCAUUGCCCCAAGUUGCGCAGAUGUGUCCUUUGCUCCUCGAAGAACCCAGUCAAAAUCAGUUCAUCCAAAUCAUUAAUAAUAUACCGGAGGUUGAACUUUUUCUUACUUUCCUCUAUGCAAACAUUACAAGUGCAGAGAGCAUAGCGCAGAGUGAUUAG